GCCUCAGCCUCCAUCUCACUCAUUAGAGGCGAGAAGAGCAUUUUUCCUCUCUCUGCCCUCCCGACUUUCUCUUGCUUCUCCGCCCAUCUGUGCAGUCAGCAGCUCCAGCAAAGUUGGCCUCAAACUUGAACGGAGCUGAAGCCUUUAUCUUCCUGGGAGCUUCUCACAGCAGCAGCAGGAGCAGCAGCAGCGGCAGCAGCAGACUCCAGUUGUGAACCCUGCUGAUCUUGAGACGCUCAUCUGAGUCUUCCAGCACCCAGCUGGGCCCCAGCUCCCCACAAUAUACAUCCACUCUGGUCCUGGAGCUGGGGAAUGGUGUGCUGAGGACCCUCUGGAGCACGCUGUCCCUGUCCCUACCUGCAUCUGAAGAAACCCAAGGCCCAAGCCAACAUGGCCAACCCGGUGCAGCCUCCUUUUCAAGACCCAGGCUCCACCUCGCCCCUGGAGCUACCUGAGAUGGAGAAGCUUCUCACCAAAGUGGAGAACAAGGAUGACAAAGCCCUGAAUCUGUCCAAGUCCCUGUCAGGGGCUCUGGACCUGGAGCAGAAUGGCCACAGCCUGCCCUUCAAGGUCAUCUCUGAGGGGCACCGCCAGCACUCCCUCCCUGGCUCCCCUUCCCGGGCCAGCUCUCGCCGCGCAUCCUCUGUUGCCACCACCUCCUAUGCCCAGGAUCAAGAAGCCCCCAAAGAUUACCUGAUCCUUGCCAUUGCCUCUUGCUUCUGCCCAGUCUGGCCCCUCAACCUCAUUCCCCUCAUCUUUUCUAUCAUGUCUCGAAGUAGCGUGCAGCAGGGGGACAUGGAUGGGGCACGGAGGCUGGGGCGCCUGGCACGGCUGCUCAGCAUCACCUUCAUCAUCCUGGGCAUCGUUAUCAUCAUUGUGGCUGUCACUGUCAACUUCACAGUUCAGAAGUAACCGCAGAGCUGAUUCUAGCAGAGGCAGAUGCCAGCCGGCUGGAGAGCUCCCAACCCACACGUCCCCACACAUUACAGAGGACAGGAUGGUGGCUGUCAAGUCCCCACCUGUUCCCAAACUCCAAAAGCACAAACUUAGAGGGAAACCUCUACACCACUCCAUUGUCAGCCUGUGGCAGAUGGGAAGGAAAAUCUGGAAUGAAGUUGGCCGGGAACCCAAUGAAUAAGGAGGCUGAAUCUCAUAAAUACAUCACUCGCCUUUGGACCUCAGUUCUCAGGCUUGUUUCUCAUCCCCACAAUUCCUGGGACUCACACGCAGCGUCAACUGCCAGAAUGGGAAGAAAACCAGCCCCACAGCCAAGAAAGAAACACCACACACCCUGAGUGUCUGGACACGAGCACAAUCUGGGCCGCUGUCUUUUCUAUUUUCUUGGUGGGGAGCAAACAGACUCUUUGCAUGGUUUGUGCUGAGCAUCCACAGUGAUCCUAGCCUGAGCCCAAAGGUGGAGCUGUCACUCAGCAUGGGCCCUGGAUACCCAUCGGCAAAGAGGCAAGAGCCAUAUGGAAACCUUCCACUGAAGCCUGGAUAGGGAUGGCAUGGCGCGCCUGGCGCCCUUACUGAAAUGAACUUCAGCCUCAAUGCUUCUCCACCAAGGACUCAGGUCCGAGAGCAUCUUCCAGAACUCCGGUGUCUGCCUCUUACUUCCCAUCUGUGCUAUAGCUUGGGACACCAACUUGAAAGUCUUAGAACUUGACCUGAUCUCGGUCAGCCAUGAGGAAGGGACAGAGCCUGAGUUCUCUCUUUGGGGGUCUGGGAUUCCAUCUUGGUACCCACGCUAGUGACCCAGGGGCUCUCUGUAGGGCACUCGGAGUCCUACACAGAAGAGCUGAGGUGGGCCUGACUGAGGCUGUUAGCCCAGCUCUAAGGCAUGCUCUGUGCCUGACCAUGUGUCCCUGGCCAUACCCAGCAACAAAGGCCUUCCCUAGAGGUAACUCUGAGACUCCUAACGGACUUUCUGACUCAUAGCUUCUCAGGAGUCUUCGAGCAGUUUUUAAGGGAGGGGGCUAGAGAAUCUUAGGAAGGCUUGUUAGUUCAUGAUCCAGACUCCCAGGAGUCUAGAAGGGAAGGGCCAGCUGAAGGUUCAGUCUAGAGAGUGGGGACUGGGCAGGGAGUAAGAGCCCAGCUACAGCCUCUGUCUUAGGACCUAGUGAAACACGGGGAAGGAACUAGACAGAGCCCUCUGACGAAUAGCCGCCUGCUUUUCGCCUCUGUGCAACUCCAGUUUUCUGCCUGGCAGAGCACACAGGCUGUGCCCAUAGGGGAUUCACCUGUUGGCCUUGCUUGCUCUGAGCCUCCACUAACCAAUGCUAUACCCCACCACCAUCUUCACCUCAGAUCUGGGAGGGGAGAAAUGAUCCAGGUUCCCCUGCCCAGCAGUUAGGGAUACUGGGGAACAGGUCCAAAGCCACAACCACACUGGUUGGAGAUUGAAAGUUCAUUUUCUCUGAGCAAAAUUAGGACCUUGAUACCUCCUCCCCAGGGUUCCCUGCGUGGCUCCCUACAAUCUCAGAGAUGCCCUGGGCAGAGCAGGUUAGCACAGAGCACUGGCCUCUAGGAGAGGCUCUGGGGCUCCCAACAAGGUCAGGGUGGUGGCUGGGAGGGUUGAGGGGUUGGGAGCAUCUCACUAGGCUUGGUGCACCUAAAUCAGAUCCCUAUUUGGGGAAUAAACUUGGGCUUAUGUUCCUAAAACAAGGACUGGCUAUGCACACUUUAUGGAAUUUUUGAAGCCAAACUAGGGUUGUCCCCAUUUGCUGUGGGAAGUAAGUGGGUCAGGGGAGAUGUCUAUGGAAACAGCCUGUCACAGGCUCCUGAUCCUGAGUGGGCGUCUCCUAAAGUCCCCCCCCACACACACACACUGGGAGUCAAGUUUUGGGAAAGGAAAGACACUGUCCAGGGAUUGUCCCGAGGGGAGAAGAGGCAGAGGCAGCUUUAUCUUCAGCCUCGGCAUCACUGGAGUCCAGCCCACACCCAGCCAUUCCUUCCCUUCCCCUACUCACAAGUGCUCACUAGGCCUGUCAUUCACAUCCUCACACACUUAUUCACACUUUAGCCUGGAACCAUUGGGGUCUCUGCAUCAGGGAACGGCUUAGCUGGAACAUUCUUCCAUUUGGGCAAGAGAAACCUGAGAGCCUUCCCGUGGUUCCAGAAACACAGCCUGGAGGUUCCCGGGUGUUCCCUGGGCAGAAAGGAGCACAGGACAGGAGGAGGAGGAGAGACCAGGGAUGGAAGAAGACUGAGGGAGGUUCUCUCACAACCCGGUUCCCACGAAGCUGGGAGGGACAGGGGCGCUGCUGUCCCAACACUGUCUUGGUUUGGGGCCAGCUGCAUGAACACAGUGGCUGAGGGUACUGACCUGGCCUCUCCUGGGCAUCCUAGUGGACAGCAAGAACCGGCCCCUCCCCACCACUCACUAGUGACUCUGUAUUUCUUGGCAUGGAAAGAAAUAAA